AUGAGUUCGUCGGCCCAACCAGCGGAAGAACGGGACCGCCACGCCCCGACAGGAAACGUCUGCCUGGGAGAAGAGCAGCAGCAGCAACAGCAGCUACCGGCAGACAUAGGAGAGGAUCAAAAGCCUGGCCAAGCGGAAGAUGGCACUGUGCUUGAUUGCAUCGAGACCGCAAUCCAACGACGGAUCGCGAAAGAAGAAAAGUUAGACUCCACCGAGAUCGAUCUAAAGCAUUGGCACACUUGGGUCUCGGACUUUCCGGUUGUGCAAAAUGAGAAACGCAAAGUCUGUACAUACUACGUUAGCAGGUGCAUCAACUACUACAGCAAGCGUUACCGUAACUCCAUUGGCGAAGGAUCGGUAGCUGCGAGUUCGUCGCCCACCGUCAACAAGUCACAAACCCCUUCGAGACGUAGCUCAGAAACAGACCCUUCCUCGGUGGACGGCGCGCAACCGAGUAGUCUAGGCCUUGAUGAUUCGAGAGAUACAAUUGAAAUCCCACUACCGAACAAUAAACCGCAACCUGUAGUUUUCGUGAAGAGGAACGGGCACACCAGCUACAUCCGCCCAGAGAUCGUCGAACGGUGCGGACUUGGAGGGAAUCCAACACCCCCAAGGCUCGUAAUCGACUUGCGGUUGACAACCAUCGUGAAUAAUCGCGGAAAGGUAUAUCGCGUUUCAGGAUGCUCGUUUCGGGUCAAGCCUGGCCUAGAGGCAGAUCUUGCCAUCGGGUGGGACCUUCAGGAGAAGCUCCAGCAGCAGUCCAGGCAUACAGAAUACAGUUACGAUAUGAACAAUUCGCUUGAAGACUCAGCGUCAAUCGAUGGGCGAGAAAAACCUACCUCCGUAACGGGUCGGAACGAGAAGACAUUCAGUCAUGCCGGAUCUAGUCGUCACAGUCCGACUGGACCGGCGACUUCGAAAGACUUUUUAGAUCUUGCCCACCGAAUUUUGGACAUGGACAUGGAACAGCGAAGCGGUGCAGACGUGAAUGUGCACCGAGACCAGCACAGGCACCACAGCCGUUAUGGGCGCCAGCAUUCGCCGUCGCCAGGGCCCUCAAGCGGCGGUCGACGCCACAGGCCGAGGGAACGGGGCCAUGACUCGGAACCAUCGACCGAGGCUCGGCCAAGUCGCCGAAGGCGUACCUGA